AUGGCCCUCGCUGCAGGCUCCAAGCGCAUGGUGCAGAUGCUAUGGCUCGCCGCCGGUCUGCUCUUCACCCUCGCUCUGCUGCACUCCCUUGGUAGCCCUGACAAGGCCAAGGAAUGGGCCAGCAACAAGGUUGGCGCCCUCGUGAACAACGAUGGCGGUCGCAACACCAUGAAGGAGUUCAUGGCCACUGCCGAGUCCAUUUGGGCCAAGACUGUCAAGCAGCGUCACGACAUGAUUGCUGAGGACUACGGUGAUGCCUCGUUGAUGCCUUUAUUCCCUGCCACCGACCCCGCGGCCUAUGGAAAGCACCCUUACUCCGUCUGGGACUUUGCCCCGGCCUCGUACAGCUGCCCUCACGAAAUGGAGCGCGUCGGACGUAUGGGAGACGGCGGCAAGUGGGUGUGCGGCAUGUCGAGAUAUGUCAACUUCCCCAGAGACCGCGAGUGUGUCAUCUACUCCUUUGGUGUCCGUGAUGAGUCCAGCUUCGAGAACGAGAUGCUGAGCCGCACCAACUGUGUUGUCUGGGCCUACGAUUUCUCCGUCGUCGACUUUGGUGAGCAACUCGAGCCCGGCAACCGUGCCAGAGCCCACUUCCUCCAGGCCGGUAUCUCUGGCAAGACGGAUAAGACCAAGACGCCCCCCUUCUACAGCAUUGCCGACUUGAUGAAGAUGAACGGCCACGAGUACAUUGACAUCUUGAAGAUGGACAUCGAGUUUGCCGAGUUCGAGGCCAUGGACGGUUUCGGCGAGGACUUCCCCAUCCGCGCCGGCGAGGAGCUCCCUGUCGGCCAGCUCAUGAUUGAGAUUCACUUCUUCAACGGCAUGACUGCUUCUAACUUCCUCGACUGGUGGGAGCGUCUUGAGUCCCGUGGUCUCCGCCCUACCUGGACCGAGCCCAACCUGCUCGCCGUCACCCUGAACUUGGGCAACAAGGACCCGCUCCUUGCCGAGUACACCAUGAUCAACGUCCACGACAGCAAGAACGUUGUCUUUGUAGAUCGGUCAACAUGGGAAACUCGUUUCAAUAAGUGGUUGGUCUUGCAUUUCUGUGCUAUCAGUGAAACCGUACGAUGCCCUACAAUCGCUCUGCCAAUCAUAGUAGAGCUAGAUGGAUUGAAGAUUCGUGGUAUCACAGCAGAUCUGCGAGUGUCCCAUGGUCAAUCCUCUUCUGACAGGGAUGCCAAGACGCGCUGGUCCGCCGAGAUUGUGACCUCAAUCCCUCGCCAGCUGGAGAGGUGGCUCGGUAAAAUUCAUAUUGCAGAUGUAGCCAACGAAUCGCAGAGCAGUAAACAUUGUAGUGUACUGUUGCAGCUUGUCAAUUGGGCAUUUUCACACCCUCAAAUUACAUGA